CAUCUGAAAUUCUCUGUUGCCUGGACAAAUACACUUUUAGUCAUUCUCAACUCUCUGGACAAAAUACUUCUGGUCAAGCAAUUCUUCUAAACUUCACUAACCACAGAGUUCUGAUUCGUUUUCUGUUCUUGUCUGUGGCAUCUGGUUUGCUAUCAAGAUUGUUUUACAAAUUGGAAAAUACUUUUAUAUGAGCUGACUUCCGUCAGAUUUGAAACUGUGGCUCAUUACUUCCCUUCUGUUGUACAAGUUUUAGUGUUUCCUCCGAUCUACAGGUCUUUGGUUUCAAUACUCCAACUAUCUUCUUUGGCCAACAGAAACCUGAUUCACUUCACUUUAGCAUCUGUUUUCCACAAUGAUUCAAAUGAAGAUGAUGAGCUGCGUCCAGUCCCCUGAUUUAAAGGAAGAUGCUCAGGACCAUAGUGGAAACCCUGAACCCCGGGGCACUGAUACGACUCUCACCCCUAUGAUGACCUCUUCAGAAUUUCUGCUGAACUACGACCUCCAGGCCAUGGGAAACUCAAAGUGGAGUAAGAAUGAGGCAGCAGUACUCGGUAUGCCACAGCGUGAGCGCCAGCUCCACCUUGCUGUGAUGGGCAAUGAACGGGAGACCGUACGAAACCUUAUUCUGGAAGGUGCAGACAUAAACUACCCUUGGAGCAAUCCUACAGUACCCAGUGUGAAAGACAGCACCACACCUCUUUUGGCUGCUGUCUCAUUGAAUCAUGUUGAUAUUACUAUGAUCCUUCUAAAUGCUGGUGCCAACGUGAAUCUAGCUGACCGCAAUGAUUGUACACCUCUCUACAAGGCAGCCUAUCAUGGUCGUCCUCACUUGGUAGAUAUCCUAGUUCAGGCUGGUGCUGAUAUUAAUCGUGCUGAUAAAGACGGACAGACACCACUCUAUAUCUGUGUACAGAAUGCCAUCGUGCAUUCUAGCUUUGCUACUGUACAGAAAUUACUCACUGCCGGUGCCUCUCUUGAUAAAUGUGACAAUUCUGGCAAGUCCCCACUGAAUGUGGCUGCCCACUGGAAGUUAAAGGACAUGAUAAGUAUCCUACUGACUGCGCACAGUGAUGUGAACAUGACUGAUAAACGGGGCCACACCCCGCUCUAUGUGUGUGUCAGCUCGUUGAGCACCGGCCUCUACAAGGAAGACCUUAAAUACCAAGUGCCCUGCAUCAAGGUGUUGUAUUGUGCUGGCUGUGACAUGCUCAAUCUCGUUGACUGGCUGAAAUGGAAAGGUCCCGGCAUCCCUCCUGAGCUGCUGUCUGACAAGGGUGAUGAAGCAUUCUUUGAGUGGUACACCACCAGCAUACGGUCGCCGCACUCCCUCUGCAACUUGUGCCGUAAGGUGAUUCAACAGACUCUGUGUGCAAAUAAUUCCUCGCAGGACUACAUGAAGCUUGUAUCAACUUUACCACUGCCUCACAAACUGCGUGUCUACCUGUCUCGCAAAAUGUUUCACUUGCCCACAUCCUGAUAAAGAUGACUGAUUCUAUGUAUGGGAGAGAAGGAAGGAGUGAGUGAGAGAGAGAGAGAGAGAGAGAGAGAGAGAGAGAGAGAGAGAGGGAUGUUAGGUGGAAUGGUGUAGAGAUGAGCAGCAGUGGUUCAGGGGUUAUUUCUGUGGUGGUGGUGGUGGUGG